AUUUCAAAUGACUUCUUAACCUCACUUUAAUUUGUUAGUUGUUGUCCACCACGUGCUGGCGGCGUAAACGUGUUUCUGUUUAGUUCUGCGUAAAUAUUCAUUGUCAUGGGACGAAAAGCAAAGUUUGACGAAGAACAUAAUGUUGUUAAAAAGGGCCCCGGGCGCAAGGCGAAGAAACAAAAAGAUCCGGUCUUUUUAAAAUCACAACUUGCUGAGAAUGAUGGUCCAAAGAAAUUAAGUAGACACCAAGCCAAAAGGGCAAUGAAACGUAACGAAAAGAAACAAGUCCGCCAAGAAAAACAGAAAUCAGCCUUAUUGAAGAAACAACAAGCUGCAGUUUCUACAAAACCUACAAAAAAGAAGAAAGAAGCUUAUACUAGUGAUGGUGAAGAGGAUGAUGAUGAAGAUGAAGAUGAAUCUGAUGAGAUUGAUGAACAAGAAGAUUCUGAACAGGACAGUGGAGAAGAAGCUUCAAUGGAUGAUGAGGAUGAAGAUGAUGCUGAAGAGGAGGAAGAGGAAGAUGAUGAUGAAGGAGAAGGCUACACAGAUGAGAACAAGUCAUGGCUAAAACCUAAAAAUAAGAAAAAUAUUUCAACAGAAGAAGAUUCUGAUGAAGCAGAAGAAGAGGAAUCUGAAGAUGAUGAAGACAACUUAAAGGUAGGCAAUUUGGAUGACAUGGAUUCUGAUCAAGAUGAUGACUCUGAUGAGGAUGAAGAUGACGAAUUUAACGCUGAAGGAUCCGAUGACGAAUUACCGAUCGAGAAACAAAAUCGCAAGUUAAAGAAGAAAAUGGCGAAGAUCGCGAAAGAAUCUGAAGAGGAAAUUCAACUGAAUAUUAGAGAUCAGGAAAAGUUUGAGUUUCCGAGUGGAGAUGACCAGGAAACAACCAAUUUACAAGACAUCCAACAACGAAUUCAAGAUGUAUUGCGAGUAUUAGCUGAUUUCCAGAGACUCCGGGAUGCAAACCACGCUAGAUCCGAAUACGUAGAGUUAUUGAAGAAAGAUUUAUGCGCUUACUACAGCUACAAUGAGUUCCUAAUGGAAAAACUCAUGCAACUCUUUCCAUUGAAUGAAUUUCUAGAAUUCCUCGAAGCAUCUGAGGUUCAGCGUCCGCUUACCAUUCGUACGAACAGUUUGAAGACGAGAAGACGUGACCUGGCUCAAGCUCUGAUUAAUCGCGGAGUAAAUUUAGAUCCGAUUGGUAAAUGGUCAAAGGUAGGUCUUGUCAUCUACUCCAGUCAGGUACCAAUGGGUGCAACACCCGAAUAUCUUGCCGGACAUUAUAUUAUUCAAGGCGCGUCGAGUUUGCUGCCUGUAAUGGCGCUCGCCCCGCAACCCAACGAAAGAAUUUUAGACAUGUGUGCUGCCCCUGGCGGUAAAGCGUCGCACAUUGCUGCUAUUAUGAAGAACACAGGCGUGGUAUUUGUCAAUGACGUAAAUAAAGAUCGUGUCAAAGCAGUUGUGGGUAACUUUCAUCGGUUGGGAAUUGUCAAUUCGGUGAUUUCCACCGUUGACGGGCGGAAAUUUCCGAGUAUUAUUACUGGUUUUGACAGGAUUUUGCUGGAUGCUCCUUGUACUGGUACAGGUGUUGUUGCGAAGGAUCAAAGCGUAAAAACUAGCAAAGAUGAACAGGAUAUUCAGAGAUGUUAUACGUUGCAAAGAGAGUUGUUACUAGCUGCGAUAGAUUGCGUUAAUGCUAAGAGUACCACAGGUGGUUAUAUUGUUUAUUCUACUUGUUCGAUAUUGCCGGAAGAAAAUGAGUGUGUGAUUGAUUAUGCCCUGAAGAAGCGUAACGUCAAGCUGGUGAAUACUGGUUUGGAGUUUGGUACAGAAGGAUUUACAAGUUAUCGCCAGCAUCGGUUUCACCCGACAAUGAAGCUGACGAAGCGAUUCUAUCCGCACACACAUAACAUGGAUGGAUUUUUCGUUGCAAAGUUGAAAAAGUUUUCGAAUGUUAUUCCAAGCAAUGCUGGAGAUUCUGCUAAGAUUGCUGAAGGUGAUAAAAAGGAGGAGAAUGGUAAACGAGGACAUUCCGAUGACGAAACAUCUUCUGGGGAUGAUGUUAAAGAGACGAAAGUUGUCAAGAAACAAAAGAGGGACGGUGGUAAAGCACCUAAGCAAAAUAAGCAAAAUGGCGUACAGAAAACUGGAAAUCAGACUAAAAAACAAAAGAAUAAACAAGUAAAUGGCGGUCAAAGUCCUACCAGUAAAUCACCGAAACAAUCAAAACAGGCCACAGCACAAUCACCCAAAACAAGUCCCAAACAGGCUAAACAAAAGACUGGAAAGAAAAGUCAACAAUCGAAAUCAAAACCUGGGAAGAAAAUGAAUUGGGAGAAUGUACCGCAGGCUGCAGCAUCGAAAAUGGCUAAGAAAUUGAAGACGAAGAAGAAAAUUGGCGGAUUUAAAACGAAACCCAAGAAAAAGUAGGUUAAUUUUGUUAGGUGUUACUGCAAACUUGAAUUAAAUAAAUAAUUGUUCAAUUAUUUCGUGCUCUGUUGAAGAAUUGUAUGAGAACAAUUAAUUUAUCUCCGGUAACAGUACCGACGGUUUUGUUUGUUUUCAAACACAUUUAAAAAUAUACAAAAUUGCAUUUAAAA